AUGCAUCUGGGCCUCUUGUUUAUGACAAUGCUAUGCCUAGGGUGUUUGGUUGUCCAACUUCUACCGAUUUUAUCGGUGCCAAUAACUGGUAAGGGCAUUAAGUACAGCAUCUACCUAUCCCACUACGACAACUACAAGUAUGGAGUGUUUGGACUAUGUGACGUAACUCAGGAUAUCUGCUCAGACACCAAGAUAGGCUAUCCUUCAAACGGCAGCAACUUCUUUACGGCGAUGUCAGAAGGAUAUAAAGAAGAAUAUGGAGGUGUACAGUUACCUUCCAAUGCCAGGUAUACCAUCUCCAAGUUGCUUGUGGUACAUGUAGUGUCGUUUUGCUUCUCAGGCUGCUUAUUCUUGGUCAUGCUCUUGUUAAUGGUUAUAUACCUGUAUGAGAAUACAACUAAGCUAAGGUUGAUAGAAAAAUUUAAACCUAGACCGAAAAGGGUCACCAAGAGAAUAGGGAAGUUUAAGAUGAAGAGGAAGGGAGGGCGAGGGAGAGGACGAGCUCUAAGCAAACUUCCCCAAGAAGAAGAGAAUGACCCUCCGAGUGAUGGAUACCAAGAUGAUCCACCUUCUAAUAACAAUGGUACACAGAUUGUCAUUCAAGAGCCAGAAGCUAGACCUUCUAAGGCUAGAAAGAACUCGCUCACGUCUGCAUCGGAACUGAAGAAGAGAGACAUCACUCCGAUUUUGAACUUGAUGCUUAUGCUUGCGCUACUUUCCUUCAUGCUGACGCUCUUGGCUUUCCUUUCUGACAUAUUGCUUUUCACGCCACAUUUGAGUUAUUUGGGCUGGCUCCAAUUCUACCCAAUUGUUGCUACAUCGCUUAUUGCGUCGAUGGUUUGCUUUAUGAAGAGAUCGAUCACGUCGAGAAAGUACUGGGAAGACUCCAAGAUACGAUACAACGAUGACAUGAGAAUACGGAGGACUAUAGACCUAGAGGACUCGGACAGUGACGAUGGGUUUUAUGUGUACACCAACGGGUUCUACAGCACAGGUGAUAACAACGAGGAAACUUACCACAGUCACAGAGCAAGAUCUACCAGCUCUCAUAAUGGGUGGAGACGACACACGCCACGAAAUGACGAACUGCAUAUCCAAAUGGACGAGCAACCGCACAGGGAAGAACAGCAGGUGGUUGAACUUGAAGACAUGGAUUUGGGUAGCGACAUUCAUAGGGUUACUUUAUAG